AUGAAGAAUAGAACGUGCACAUAUAUGACAUACUUAGCGCGGGCAAGGUACGAUUUGGCAGUGCUAAAGAACACUCUAAAAACUAAAUUAAACACAUACAUUGACAACAAUAAGAACAUAAUGUAUAAUGAUAACAGCAUAGUAUACAACAUAUACACGUACAUACACAAUUAUACAGAAUAUAAAGUAUGUGAAUAUGCUCGCAGUAAAGAGUGCAGUAAGUGUGAUAAGGAUAUAUAUAUAUGUGGAAUCAACUGUAAACUGUGUGGGGUGUACAUCUGUGCAUAUUGCGCGUGUCGGUAUAAAUAUGUUUAUAUGUGCAGUUCUUGCUAUAGUUUAGUAAGAGAGUGUAAUAAUGCAAAACCAGAAAAAGAUCAAAACUAUUCUGAAAGUAGCUGCCCCAUGCAAGAGACUGCGCAUGAAAAAGGGGCAAAUAAUAAAACUGGUCUGGUUCGUGCUGUGUGCAGUCCAAAUACGCUUGCAUACUACGCAGAGCUAGAAAAGUGCUUAAAGCAUCCAAAUCAGAAAAGCAUUAAAAGGCUGCUUAGCAUACUAAACUCGCACAAGAUAGACAGUUCAAUAGAGGAUCCCUGCGCACCUGGUGACAUAAACCAUAAAAUACAGCAGAAUAUACUUAUACGAAUGAAAAUAGCAGUGUGUGAUUGGUACGUAUAUAAAGCCCGGGAAGAACGGUACCUCACCUUAUUUGAACAGCUAGAGUACUUAGAAGUACUCAGAACAGAAAGUAUUUCCAAUAAUAAGGACGACGCGCCAAUUACCAUGGCAAUACAGGAAAUACUUAAAGAAAUUGCAGAUACUGACGAAAAAUGACCAGAAAUUAACUCAAAUACCCUAAAAAGAAGAAGGAAGUUUUAAGCCCAUUCAUCCUAUUACUAGCCUAGCAUGCUCUAAAUUCAAAUUAUUAGAAUGUGCUUUUAUAAUAUUUAUUACACUAUAGUAUAACUUAAAAGCACUUAAAAUACAGUUAAUUCUAAAAUCUGCACAUGUAAUUAUUAAUAAAAACUAAAGCACAAUAUAAAUAGCUUGUCUUAUAUGAGGUAUUUAUUAAACCAACUUAUUCUAGUGCACUAAUUAAUACCAAUAGAGAAUAUAAAUAGAUAAAAUAUCUUAAUACACUAAGUGUAUUGGCAGAAAAUCAUAGCUAGCCACAGUUUACUUUAAAUUUAAACGUAUCAAGAAUAGCUUAUGCAAUUUCCAGAGAAUACUAAAAUAUCAUAUAAACUCAAAUGCACAGAAUAAUUCAUGCAACUGUACAUGAAACCCAAAGACCCCAUAUUUUCAUAGGGGUGCGUGGUAGAAUGUAUUAAUUAG